GGGCUCAGCGGUUAAAGUCCAAUCCCGCUUAGCGUCCUCGCCGGGGACGGACUGAGGGGCUUAGGCAGCCCCCCUGAUCCCCCCGGGAUUAGGCGCCGCGCUCAGCCCUCCCUCGCAGCCUGCUCCCGGCGGGUUUGCCCGGCCUGGCCCGGGCUGCCCGUGGGUUAUCCCCAAAUAACGGGGCUGGCGGCAGGCGGGGCGCGAGGAUGGGGCGAGAGGGCAGCAAGGAAAUGCCCCCGGUUGCUGCCCUGGGGAGGAGGCAACGGGCACAGAGAGGAGCAAAGCGAGGCACCGGGGGGAUUAAAGCCCGGCGCAGUGCAGGGCACGAGGCUGGGGCAGCACUGGCAGCUGGGGCUGCUGGUGGAGAGCCUGAGCCCGUGCUGGCCCCGCAAAGACCGAGAGGCAUUGAAGUCACUGCGGGUCCUGCGUGGGAGGACGUCCUCGCCUCGUCAUGAGCUGCCCGUGUUCAGGGCAGGGGGCGAAACGUGGCGUAAUUGCAGCCUGCGCCCUCUGCCCGGUCCCCUCCCGGUAACUCGGUGGGGCGUUUGCUUUUGUGGCCGGCCCCGAGCUGGCUGCUGUAACGUGGCACUCGGAAGGCCGGAGCUGGCGCGGGGACAAGCGGUGACAUUAAACCGAUCCCAAACAAACCGAGCCUGGAAAGGCGCCAGGGGAACAAAGAGAUGCUGGAGCGGCCUCCAGCUGGAGCUGGCACUGGGGCGCAGCUUUGCCCGCAAGCGAUGGGGCAGGAGCGGAGAUUUUGACGCCGUCCCCAAGAGUUCCCAGAGCCAUGACUGCAACGGUGCAGACGCUGCGCUUCAAGCUGCUGCCGCCGCACGACGCGGGCCAGGAGUGGGCGCACAGCUGCCAGCAGGAGAUCGAGCGCCGCUACCAGGUGGUGCCCUCGGUGGUGUGUGCCAUGUGCUGCCUCUUCGGCAUCAUCUACUGCUUCUUCGGGUACCGCUGCUUCAAGGCCGUCAUGUUCCUGACGGGGCUGAUGUUCGGCUCCAUCAUCAUCUUCAUGCUGUGCUACAAGGAGCGGGUGCUGGACACGCAGCUGAGCGUGGAGGCUUCGGUGGGCAUCGGGCUGGGCAUCGGGGUGCUGUGCGGGCUGGUCACCAUGCUGGUGCGCAGCGUCGGCCUCUUCAUGGUGGGGCUGCUGCUGGGGCUGCUGCUGGCGGUGGCCACGCUGGUGGUGAUGGAGCAGUUCUACCACCCGCCCACGGUGUGGAUCCCCAUCGCGCUGCUGCUGGGCGUGGGGAUGCUCUUCGCCGUGCUCACCCUGCAGUGGCAGCGCUUCUUCACCACCCUCUCCACCGCCGUCUUCGGCAGCGCCAUCAUGACCGUCACCGUCGACUACUUCAUCGAGCUCUUCCUCCUGGUGCAGUACAUCUACGAGCGCAUCAAGGUGGCCCCCGCCCGCCCCGUGUGCUGGUACAGCUGGGUCAUCCUGGGCGUCUGGCCGCUGCUCACCACGCUGGGCGUCCUGGUCCAGUGGAAGGUCACGGCCGAGGGCUACUCCCACACUGAAGUCAUCAUCAGCCGGCAGCAGCGCCGCGUGCAGCUGAUGCGCAUCAAGCAGCGGGAGGACCGAAAGGAGAAGAAGAAGAAGCGGCGGCCCCACCACCCGCCGCCCCACCAGCACAAGGCCCACCCGCCCGAGCCCGCCUACCGCCGCAAGCCCAACCCCGUGCGCCGCUUCGAUGGGGACGUGCUCUCCCCAAGUUACAUCCAGAGUUUCCGGGAGCGGCAGACGGGCCCGUCCCUCAACAGCCUGAUGGCCAGCUCCCACGCCGUGGUGGACCUGGACUAUGACUGCAGCUCCACCGUGCCCCUCACCACGGGCUCCGGCCCCGCUGUGCGGGUAUAAGCCAACCCGGUGACCUCGAGCGACACCAGCACCCCAGCCUGCUCCCGCAGACCCCUGGGACACGCGGGGCUGCUCCCUCGGCCUCGGGUGGCCAUGUGCGGCCCCAGGGUUGUGGAGGCUGCGGAAGGAGACCCUCCAUGGGGCAGCGUGGGACUUGGCUAGGCAAGCCCAGGAUGCCCGUGGGUCCGGCGGUGCUGGGGACACCCCUGGGCAGGGACUGAGCCCAAGGACUGGGGACACGAGCACCCGUGGACUCGUGGAGCAUGGUGUGAGCGGCUCUGCUGCGCCCUUCUCCAUGGCCCAGGCUCGUCCUGCAUCCCCACACCUCCCUCCCCAUCCUCGAGCCCCCCAUCCCCCAGAGCAGCUCCCCGUGCCUGUUCCCUCCCCGUCGUGCCCCCACAGCAACUCCCCAAGUGCCUGUGCCCCUUCUCUGUCUCAGAGAGCACCUCUCCGAGCCCUUGCCCCGAGUGACCCCCGAGCAUGUGUGCCCCGUCCCACCCCAGCCCCAAGAGCAGCCCCCCCCAAAUCCUGCCUCCUUAGGGGACCCCGUGCCCUAGGCACCCUCCUUGCCCCCCGAGCAGCUUUGCCUGCCCCACCUCGCUUUUCCUGGGCUGGGCAGGGGCAGUCCUGGGGCAGCGGCUGCCCGGGCCCCGCGGUCCCCGUGGGGAUGGUGCCGUGGGGUGGAGGCACCGGGGAGCAGGCGGCACCCAUCCGGCACGAGCUGCACUGGCAGGGCACCGCGUACAUCUCCCUCAAAGGUUUUGACAGGAGACAGGACGAGGGAUCCAGCUUUUGGGUGAGGCCGGGCUGCCUCAGGGACCCCCGCAGCACCAGAGGCCGUGGCGGUGCUGCUGGCGACUGGAUUUUGUAGCAGCUGGGGGGGCCUGGGGGGCAGCACCUCUGCGGGGCAGGGCAGGAGCCCCUGCCCAGAGCGCUGCUGCGGACAGAGGCUCCCGCCUUGUACAUACUUCUCUUGCUGUGAUUUGUAUUAAUUUAUUACGGAGCGAGCCAGGACUUCCCCGCAGCCGGGCAGGUGGGACGGCGCUGGGACCAGACCGGGGUCCCCCCCCGGGGUGCUGUCUCAUCCCCGGCCGCUGCCCCAGGAACUGCAUGUUUCUGCCACGCCGUGUCCGCAGCGCCGCGCCGCCCUCCCCCUUCCCAGCCUCUUUUGUAAAUGUGCCAAACGCUGCUGAGGCCACGGCCGCACAGUAAAGAGCCUUUCGGA